AUGGCUCCGAAAAAUAAGGCUGCAUGGAUUCCUGCGAAAAAGGCUCUACCGUUCGAGGUUGGCGAUGCACCGUACACACCUCCUGGCCCGGGCCAAGUCGUGGUCAAGAACACGGCCGUGGCCAUUAACCCUUUCGACUGGGUGUUGCAGUACAUUGGGCCCGCAGUCGCUGGCUAUAUUCAAUACCCCUUCAUCUUUGGGACCGACGUUGCAGGCGAAGUGGUAGAGGUCGGCCCUGACGUGAAACGCUUCCGCGUGGGCGACCGAGUCUCUGGAAGCGCUACAGCCUUAGCUAAGGAGGUCAACUGCUCAGCCGAGGGAGGGUUCCAGCUCUACACCGUGAUGCGACAGCACAUGCUGACGCCAACUCCUUCCCACAUCACCGACGAACAGGCUUGUGUCCUGGGACUGGGCCUCGGGACUGCAGCGUACGGUCUCUUCCACCCCGACUACCUGGCCCUCGAUAUGCCUCAGAUCCCGGCGCCCGUCGACGUCAUGGGCAAGUCAGGCAAGCCGCGUGCCGUCAUCAUUACUGGUGGUGCGUCGAGUGUUGGGAGCAACGCCGUGCAGCUUGCCGUGUCUGCUGGCUACCAAGUCCUGUCCACGUCAUCUCCCAAGAACUUUGACUAUGUCAAGGGCCUCGGUGCAACCCAUGUCUUCGACUACCGCAGCAAAACAUUAGUCCAGAACCUCCUAGGGGCUCUCGCGGGUCGUGAGCUGGUUGGUGCUUACACUAUUGGCCGUGGCGCCGUUGAGGCAUGCACCGCCGUUAUGAAGAACCAUGAUGCCAAACUCACCAGGAAGUUCAUCGCCGUGGCCGGUACCAUAGUAUCUCCCACCAAGCUCACGACAUUUGUUGGCAAGGGAACAUACUUGAUGGGCAUGGUGGGCAGCAUGAUCAAGUCGACCGGGACGCGCCUCACGACUGGGGUCGAAGCCAGAUUCAUUUUUGUCAAUGACCUAGUCAACCCCGACAGCGUCGUGUCUCGCGUCUACAUGGAUUUCUUGCCACAGGCGCUUGAGCGGGGCCAGUUUGUGCCAGCACCUCCGCCGCAUGUUGUGGGCAACGGCCUGGACAAGAUACAAGAGGCUUUGGAUCUUCAGAGGCAAGGUGUCUCGGGAAGGAAGCUUGUCGUGAUGCUAUAG